ACCCUGAUUCGAGGCCCAACAACACGAAAAAAAACAUAGCCCUAGGCCUUCGCAUGGUUGGACUGAGCAAUCCAUUGAUUAUCUAGAAAGUCCCAUGAGCCGGACAGCUUAAAAAAUAGGGAGUCUGGUCAUGGCCUCCGCCGUUCCGGGUGUUAGUGGGGCCUCCCUAGCCCCAGAUAUGUCCGACGCUUACACGCAUGCUAAAGGCAAUACCCAUGUUUUGGAAUGUCGGGUGUGUAAUCAUUUGUAUGGGAUUGAAGGCGAGAAGAUUCCCCGUCUGUUGGUGUGUGGCCACUCCCUGUGCCACGCCUGUCUCUUACGCCUCCCCAAACAGGAUUGGGUGGUUCUGUGUCCUUUUGAUCGACAACCCACACCUUUAGGCACGAACGGUGUGUGGGAUUUGAAGAAGAACUUUGCCCUAAUCGAGUUGUUGGAACGUGUGUACGCCAAUCACCAGGAUCGCCGCCACCACGCCCACGAGGGCCCGUUCUCGGUACUGGCCUUGUCUCAAGCCGUGUCAGCUUUGGAGCGUGGGGACCGGAACUACGGCACGGUUCCCUGCGAUGAGAACGAGGAGCACAUUGCCGAGCUGUACUGCACCACGUGCGGCUCUCAUUUGUGUCAUGAUUGCUCGGAUUCCACCCAUGGGACGCGGACUUUGGCCAAGCAUCGACGCAUUCCGCUCUCCGAGAAGCCCAAAGAGAAGCCCAAGUGCGGCUAUCACACCUCUCAUGUCAUGGAGUUCACCUGUUUGGAACCGGAUUGCCAAGGCGCGCCUCUGAUGUGCUACAUCUGCAAAGAUUACGGUCGCCAUAAGGGACACCAACAUAAUCUUCUGGAACUGGAGGCCGAGAAGUUUCGCACCACCCUCGGCCACGCGGUCUCGCAUCUGAAAAAGUUCAUGGAGGAGGUCUCGGACACGGCCCGCAAAUUGGAACUCGCCGAGGGUCGCUUUCUCCGCCGACCCGACAAUGACCCGGAGUUGCCCGAGGACUUCGAAGGUGGAACCGCGGACCUGGCCAAGAGUCGGGUUCAAACCUAUUUCCAAGGCCUGCGGGAACAGCUGAAUCACCAGGAAGUGGCCGCUCUCACUGUGGUGGAUACCUACAUUCGAGAGCGUCUGUGCGCCAUUCGCCAACAAGGCGAAGAUAUCGCCACGAUCUUGGGCCAAGUGGCCUCGGUGUGUAUCCAAUGCGAGCGUGUGGCUAAACUAGACGAUGCCCGGGUUCUUUUGGCCGCGGGCGAGAUCCAACUCAUGCUGGACGCGGUUGAGAGUCAGAAGCAGCGCGAUUUCACCCAAGUCCAACCGGACGCGUCCAUUCCGAUCACGUUCACGCGAGACAAUCGGGUUCACAUCGGGCCCAAGAUCGAGAUGCGCGUGGUCACUUUGGGGCUGGAUGGGUCGGGCAAGACGUCGAUCCUGUUCAAAUUGAAGCAGGACGAGUUCGUGCCCACCAUUCCUACGAUCGGGUUCAACGUCGAGACUUUGGAGUACAAGAAUAUCAAAUUCACCGUGUGGGAUGUGGGCGGACAGCAUAAACUGAGACCUUUGUGGAAGCAUUAUUAUUUGAAUACACAGGCCGUCAUAUUUGUCAUCGAUUCCACGGAUCGAGUACGUUUGUCAGAAGCUAGAGAUGAACUAGUGAAGCUUCUCACGGAGAAAGAACUUCAAGACGCUUGCCUCCUGAUUCUCAUCAAUAAACAGGAUCUGAGCGGAUGUAUGAGUUUAGAAGAGAUAUCCGACGAGCUGUCCUUGUUUAAAUUGUGCUGUGGUCGAUCCUGGCACAUGCAGACUUGUGAUGCCAGUCGGGGAACUGGUCUUACCGACGGAUUGGACUGGCUUUCUCGACAAUUGGUGGCUUCAGAGGUGUUUGAUGUGGAAUGAAAUUUGUCAUGUCAUUAGGAAAUAUAGCAGUACCGUACUAUAUAAUAUCCUGUCGUCGAUUCCAAAGGAAUUUCAAUCCAUUCUGUACAUUCCAGCUUUGACAUACUUCCAAGUUGCGCUGAAGAAUUCGAAAAGAGAAGACCUGAUCAAGUGCGAACUUAAAAAUUUCAUUUCAAUU